GGAGUUGAUGGACAGUUAGGAUUUGUUCUCUUGGGCCUUCUUUACGCCGACGUUCUGAAUCUAGGCAGAUGUAGUUAAGAUUCUCUGUGCCCUCUCCCUUGGCUUGUUCAUUUCACAAUCAGAUGGUGGGUUUGGCAGUUCCUCAGAAAGUUAAAUCUGUAGUUACCAUAGGACCCAGCAAUUCCACUCCUAGUCUUAUACUCAAGAGAAUUAAAGACACAUGUUCACACAAAAAUCCUGUACACAAUGUUUGAAGCAGCAUUAGUCACAAGAGCCAAAAGGUAGAAAACAACCCCAAAGUCCUGGAGAAUGGAUAAACAGAACGCAAUGGAAUGUCACUCAGCCGUAAAAAGGGAUGAAAUACUGGCACAUGCUACAGCUUGGAUGAAUGCUAAGGAAAAGCAGCCAGGCACAAAAGUGCCUGGCUCAAGAUGGGGUCCCAGGUCUCGAUGGAAAUGGAAGCAGUGCAGGUGGUGAUUGUGGGUGGUGGCUUUGGCGGGAUUGCGGCCGCCAGCCAGCUGCAGGCUCUGAACAUCCCAUUCACGCUGGUGGAUAUGAAGGACUCCUUCCAUCACAACGUGGCAGCCCUCCGGGCCUCCGUGGAAAGUGGGUUUGCCAAAAAGACAUUCAUUUCCUAUGCGGUGACCUUCAAGGAGAAUUUCCGGCAGGGCCUGGUGGUUGAGAUAGACCUGGAGGACCAGACCGUGCUGCUCGAGGGCGGCGAGGUACUUUCCUGUUCCCUGCUCUCUGCCUCCUAUUUCCGUGUUGGGUGGCUCUGGCAGGAGGCUCUGCCCUUCUCACAUCUUAUCCUGGCCACAGGGAGCACUGGGCUCUUCCCGGGCAAGUUUAACCAGGUUUCCAGCCAGCAGGCCGCCAUCCAGGCCUACGAGGACCUGGUGAGGCAGGUCCAGCGCUCACAGUCCAUCGUGGUGGUGGGAGGAGGCUCUGCAGGAGUGGAGAUGGCGGCAGAGAUUAAAACAGAAUACCCCCAGAAAGAGGUCACUCUCAUUCACUCCCAAAUAGCCCUCGCUGACAAGGAGCUCCUGCCCUGUGUCCGUCAGGAAGCAAAGGAGAUCCUGCUCCAGAAAGGCGUGAACCUGCUGCUGAGUGAGCGGGUGAGCAACCUGGAGGAGCUGUCUCCCAAUGAACAUCGAGAGUGCAUCAGGGUGCAGACAGACAAAGACACGGAGGUGGCCACCAACCUGGUGAUUGUCUGCAAUGGUAUCAAGGUCAACAGCUCUGCCUACCGCAGUGUGUUUGAGAGUCAGCUGGCCGGCAACGGUGCUCUGAGAGUGAACCAGUAUCUCCAGGUGGAGGGCUGCAGCCACAUCUAUGCCAUCGGCGACUGUGCCAACGUGAAGGAGCCCAAGACAGCUUAUCAUGCCGGCCUUCAUGCCAACAUUGCCGUGGCCAAUAUCAUCAACUCCAGGAAACACAGGCCCCUCAAGGCCUACAAGCCAGGUGCACUGACGUUCCUCCUGGCCAUGGGGAGAAAUGACGGCGUGGGCCAGAUCAGCGGCUUCUAUGUGGGGCGAUUCAUGGUUCGGCUGGCCAAGAGCCGGGACCUAUUUGUGUCCACAAGUUGGAAAACCAUGCGGCAGUCUCCACCCUGAUGGGGACACUGUGUGGGAAGGGAGGUACUGCCACCACUGGCUGAACAGAUUGCUUGGCAAGUGGUACCUGCCUGACAAAUGCCAAAGGGCAAAGCUCUUUUUCUAGAGUAAGAUGCCAGUGAUAUAUUGACCAGAAACACACCUUAUAGAAAACCAAAAACUGGGAGAGACAGAGAGACAGAAAGGAAGAGACCUCCGAGAGGAUUAAAAAAGGCUCCCCCUAGAGGAUUCAUUCUGGGUCUGGAAAGGUGGAUUUGCAGUUGUGCUGGCUGAAUGGUUCCCUGGUUCUGGGGAAGGUUCAGCCGGCCUUUUCUACCCAGGCUCCUCUUGGAUGUGUGUGUUGUGUGUGAUUCAGAACUCUCAGAGUAGGAGAGAGCUGGGCGUCCUGGAGGCUGGCAUCCUGCCUGGUAGAGCAGGAAGGAGAGCCUGCAAAGUGAGACCAGCCAAGGGGAGCUGGGGUGGAGAGAGGGCCUAUACCCUGAACCUUUCCCAUCCUGCUGAGGGGUGGGAAGCCAUAUAUUCUGCAACUCCAACGUUGUUAAUAGAAGCUUAAUUUAAAAUUAUUAGUUCCUACAGUCUUUAUGAAGCUUUCUAUACUUCCAUUUUUGAUUAUAUACCAUAGGUUACAUUAAGAAGAAAGAGUUAGAUAAAAUUUCCCUCCUGGUUAGUAUAUUCUAACAGAGUGAGUUUUUGUAAAACUAACAGGGGUUAAGACUGGAGUCUAGUCUGCCAGCUGCUUGAGGUGUUUAAGGAAAGGCAGCCAAGCUAGUGUGACCCUUGAGUGGGUUGUCAUCUGGCUGACAUUCAGGGAACAGGGAGGCUCAGCAGAUAAACCCCUGUGUGCUUCCAGGCUGCUGUCAUGGGCAAAUCUGUGACAAAACUCCAGCUGGUGCUGAGGGCAGGAGACCCUGUGGAAACUCUGUGGUUUUCUGCUCUGGUUUCCUGACCAACCCUGAUGUCACUUACCUGGAAGACUAGCCAUGUGGCAAUAAUGCCUGCCCCUCGCAAUGUUCAAUAUAUAAGUGACUCCACUACUUGGAUGAGAACUUCCAAUUGAAAGGAGCCAAUUUUGGAUCACACAGUUUAACUCUAUAGCAGAAGUGGUUGAUGAGUUCAUCUGAAUACAUUCAGGCUCUGCCCCUGCCCACCCAUGCUGUCCCUCCCUGCCCACUUUUAACGGUGGCCACUAGGUAGUUGGCCAGAGUCCCUGGGACCUCAGUCUCACUGGGUUUCUCGGUCCAUCCCAUCUGGGCUAUGGCCCAGGUCUGUUCCAUUUUGCCCAGGCCUAAGUUAGACGUGUGCCUCUCUCAAAGGAUGGCUAACCCCUUGGAGGCUUCGUUCCUGUGCACCAAGGCCAACCAGGCUCUCCGUCUGGAAGCAGGACCUGCUGCCUGAGAAACACAGGCCAUUCUGUGCUGUCCGCCCUGGGCUUAGCAUGGUGGGAGUCUCUGCCCAUUAGUGAGAAGCCUUAUUCUAUUUAUAACAUUUUAGAGGUGUUCCACCCAUGGGGAUACAGACUUCUGAAGUGAGGAAAAUGUUGCAAUAAAAGAAUAUGUUGUAAGAAA